AUGAGUGUGCCGCCAGAACAUAUUAUAAGUUUAAUGAAAAUAGUAUAUUGUAUGGCAAAAGAAGAUCUUCCAUUAAAUAAAUUUAAACAGCUUACUCAUCUUGGCCGUGCUAUUGAAGCCCCACAUUUAAUUUCCGAAAAUCAUCCAAUUACUUACAAAAAUAAUAUAUGUGGCCGUGAAUUAUUAUAUUCAAUAUCUUCUUCAAUUGAAGAUAAUAUCUGGAAAGAAUUAUCUCUUGCAUCAGCCAUUGGAAUAAUAGUUGAUGAGAGUACCGAUAUUGAUAUGGAGUCACAUCUUAUAAUUUAUGUUAGAUAUUUUAUUAAUGGUGUUAUAAAAAUACGGUUUUUAAGCUUGUUAGAAAUUGAAAAUAAAGAUGCAAAAUCAAUAUAUAGUGUAAUAACUAAACCAUUUAUUGCAAAUAAAGUAGAUCAUAAAAUUUUUUCAUUUACUUCAGAUGGCGCGAGUGUAAUGCAAGGAAAAAUUUCAGGAGUUGAAUUUUGUAUUUAUGCCAAAUCAGUGUUAAAAAAAAUUUAUGCUUUUUUUAGCAAUUCAAGCAAACGAAUCCAAACUUUAUCUACAUAUCAAGAAACCCUUAAUAAUCCUCAAUUAAAAAUUUUAAAAAUUUUUGAUGUUCGGUGGCUUUCUUUAUAUGAGGCAGUUAAUAAUAUUUGUUUUUCAAUUGAACCUUUACUUGACACAUUUCUUCAUACUAUAA